CUCCACAGUUUGAGGAACCAGAACCUCCACAGUUUGAGGAACCAGGACCUCCACCGUUUGAGGAACCAGAACCUCCACAGUUUGAGGAACCUGAACCUCCACAGUUUGAGGACCAAGAGGAACCAGAACCUCCACAGAUCAAAGAAGAGGAUGAGGGACUCUGCACCAAUCAGGAGGAAGAUCAGCUCCACCUGAAGCAGGAGACUGAUCCGGUUCUGGUGACUGUUUCAUAUGAAGAAAGUGAACCAGAACCAGACAAGGAGCAGCUCAUCUCUCAGAGUUCUGCUGGACCUGAGGAUCAGGAUUCAGGGUCAGAUGAGAAGAUGGAUCACACAGAGGGUCGUCAUGGUAACCAAGCAGACCCAUCAGCAACAUCUGAGGUUUUUUUGUGUGAAAUCUGUGGAGAAACAUUUUUAGAGAAAUCACUACAUUCCCGUCACGUGAAGGUCCACAAAGUCUGGAACCAGGACUCUGAGAAACUGAUGUAUUGUUGUCCCACCUGUGGGAAAGACUUCUCUUCUUACAGUGGCUUAGUGGUCCACAUCAGAACCCACACAGGAGAAGAACCAUUUUCUUGUAAAACUUGUGGAAAACAUUUUAAAAACCAGUCAAAUCUGAAUUCUCACAUGAAGAUCCACACAGGUUUGAAGCCUUUUUCUUGUAAAACCUGUGGGAAAUGUUUUUACCAGAACACCCACCUGACUCGUCACACGCGGGUCCACACGGGGGAGAAGCCGUAUAUUUGUAAAACUUGUGGAAAAAGCUUUUGCAGGAACACCCAUCUGACUCGUCACAUGCGGAUGCACACGGGAGAGAAGCCGUUUAUUUGUAAAAUUUGUGGAAAAUGUUUUUUCCGAAAUUCCCUUCUUACUCUUCACCUGAGAGUUCACACAGACUGAGCUGAUGUACUUCAGUUGUUUGUGUUUGUGGUUCCAGCAAACAUUUGUUUCUUUCAGCUCAGACUGAAGCUGAGUAAAAACAGUUUUUUUUUAUCAAACUGAAGAUUCAGUCAGAAACUGAAGAUGUUCAGUAAAUGAUGAAUUAAAUAGGAUUCAUUAAGUUGUAGAUUUAAGGAGUAUGUUGGGUUUUAUUUUGGUUUCAUUAAACUUUAAACUUAAUCCAAUGAA